AUGGCACACCAUGGUUGCCUUUGGGCCGGCUGCGUAAAGCAGGACCGUGACCUAGCGGUCACAGAAUCCGAGGCCAAGGCUCAAACGGCCAAUCCCUCUCCAGCUCCCACUUCGGGAAAUCGGUCCCAAGGGGGACAGUCCCAGGCUAGAGAGACGCAUGAGACUGCUUCCAAAGGCUCCAAGAACACAACAAUGUUCCCCAGACAACCCAUUGCCAAGGCGUCUCGAUACUGCGCAAGCCACCAGAAUCCAUGGAUUCGGUGGGAUCUUGUACGAGUUGGAAGAUUGCAGUGUGAAUUCUGCCACAAGUUCCAGACAGAGUACGUCUUCCAGUGCAAGGGAUGCAAGAUCAAGGCGUGCAAUGUCUGCCGCAGAAACAGAGGCUUUCGAGGCCCUCAGAUGUAA